AUGCGUCCCGCCGCGUUUCGCGGCUGCUGCCCCAUCGCCCUCUCCUCCGCCCGCUCGCGCCCCGUGGCGAUGACUGGCAAGCGUCGAUCCUCCUCUCGGUCGGACCGCUCGGUUGGUUCUCCUGCUGCUCCCAGCCACUCACAGGCCCGGGGCGAGCUGGCGCCAGCCCUGCUACGAGCCGCCGCUGCCCUGGUCGCGCACGAGGAGGCCGGCUCCUCCCUCCGUCGUCACGAGCCAGUCUAUCGCUCUCCCCGCGAGCGGACCCAUCCACAUCUCCGGGCUCGUGGCGGCUCCUUCCGACGUCGCCGUCCGCCUCGACACCCUCCCGCUGUCCAGCGAGAGAUUGUCGGGCCCCUGUGUCCGACGUGCAGUCACCGCCUCUUGGUGCCGACGCCGCGGCGUUGUCCGUCAGCAUCUCUCCAGUCGUCCCAGCAGCUAUCGUCCGUGCCUGCUGAGUCGGCGCCGUCGACGCCAUUGGCUCCUCCACAUCCUCCCGCCCCACCGGCUGCGGUUGGGGCACCUCUUGUGCUUCCUGCCGGUGUGCCGCCCACCCCGUCUGCAAGUUCCCCUGGUGAUCCUCCUCAGCGGCUACAUCCUCUGAUUCCACUCGACCCCUCCCCUGUCGCUCGAUUCCCUCCUCCUCGUUGCCAUUCUCCUCCGCUUCCUCCCGACGCACCUGAUCCUGAAGACGACGAGGCGUGGUGGAACGGCGAUUCGUGGGAGUCUCCUCCCCAGUCCGGGACGUUGGGGGGUCGAGACUGGGACAUCCGGUCCGAUUUCGUUCUGGACGUGCUUCGCUGGGAGCGGCGCAUGAUCGGGGUUGGCGAAUGUCUCUCCCAUGUUGCGACCGCACUGGAGCAGUUGCAUGUUGGUCUGGAGGCGCGGAAUCUAGUGCUCCAGGAUCCCCAGCUGACGGAGCCCCAGCAGGGCCUUGUGCCUCUCAUAUUUGGCCUCUCCUCCCUUCCUUAUUGCCACCUCUAA